GCAGAGUGUCCUGCAGGGAUCGCGUCGGUCUCAGUGGGGGGAAACUCUGCCGAGCGAGGACGGGAGGAAACGGCGUCACCGUUGGUUUUUUUUUGCAGACUUGUCUUGCAGAGAGAUUUAGAGAUGCAGAGCUGCGCCAAGUCCUGGGGGAUCUUCUUGGCCAAGUCGGUGAGCCCCGGCGCACCGUGCAGGCAUCUGAGGGACAAGAGCCGCGUGGCUUGGAAACUUCAGUGCAGGAUCCUAAACAGCGGGGCAUCUGUAGCAACUGCAGCCCGCGGUCUGAGGACGUCUGCAGUCGUCUCCUCCAGACAGAUAGAGAGACUAUUACCCAGACAUGAUGAUUUCGCGGAGAGGCACAUUGGUCCAGGUGAGAGGGAGAAGAGAGAAAUGCUCGAUGCUCUGGGACUCGAGUCGAUCGACCAGUUGAUCGAAAACACAGUCCCAGGCUCCAUCCGCAUUCAGCGGAGUAUGAAAAUGGAUGACCCAGUCUGUGAGAAUGAGAUUCUGGAGUCUCUAUAUAAGAUCGCAUCACAGAACAAGGUUUGGAGGUCCUACAUUGGCAUGGGCUACUACAGCUGCUCGGUACCACCGCCCAUCCAGCGCAAUCUCCUGGAGAAUUCUGGCUGGGUGACUCAGUACACACCCUACCAGCCCGAGGUCUCUCAGGGUCGCCUGGAGUCACUCCUCAAUUACCAGACCAUGAUCUGUGACAUCACAGGCAUGCCUGUGGCCAAUGCCUCCCUGCUCGACGAGGGAACGGCUGCUGCAGAGGCCAUGCAGCUCUGCCACAGACAGAACAAAAGAAACACCUUCUACAUUGACCCACGCUGCCAUCCCCAGACCAUUGCUGUGGUGCAGACCAGAGCCAACUACAUCGGGGUGAAAACCAUGCUGAAGCUGCCUCAUGAGAUGGACUUCAGUGGGAAGGAUGUGAGCGGUGUGCUUUUCCAGUAUCCAGACACUGACGGCAGGGUGGAAGACUUCACAUCGCUUGUGGACCGGGCGCACAAGGGAGGGGCCCUGGCUUGCUGUGCCACAGAUCUGUUGGCCCUCUGCGUGCUGCGUCCCCCUGGGGAGUUUGGUGUUGAUAUUGCACUGGGCAGCUCCCAGAGGUUUGGGGUUCCUCUCUGCUACGGCGGCCCCCACGCUGCCUUCUUUGCUGUUAAAGACAACCUGGUCCGAAUGAUGCCUGGCAGAAUGGUUGGAGUCACUAGGGAUGCAGCUGGUAAGGAGGUGUAUCGGCUUGCUUUGCAGACCAGAGAGCAGCACAUUCGCAGAGAUAAGGCAACCAGCAACAUCUGCACUGCACAGGCUCUGCUGGCCAACAUGGCUGCUAUGUUCGCACUGUAUCAUGGCCCUCAGGGACUCAAACACAUCGCCGAGAGGACGCACAAUGGUGCUCUGAUCCUUGCUGAAGGUUUGAAGAGAGCAGGACACCGGCUGCACAGUGAGAUGUUUUUCGACACCCUAAAGAUCAGCUGCAGCGUGGCAGCCAAAGACAUCGUCGAGAGAGCCGUGCAGAGGCAGAUCAACCUGAGAGUCUACACUGAGGGAGUGCUGGGUGUCUCUCUGGAUGAAACGGUGACCGAGAGGGACUUGGAUGACUUGCUCUGGGUCUUCGGCUGUGAAUCUUCAGCGGAGCUGAUCGCGGAGAAGAUGGGCGAGCGGGUGAAGGGGAUCAUGGGAAGUCCUUUCAAGAGGACAAGCAAGUACCUCACGCACCAGGUCUUUAACAGUUAUCAUUCUGAGACCAACAUUGUGCGAUACAUGAAGCGUCUGGAGAAUAAGGAUAUUUCCCUGGUGCACAGCAUGAUCCCACUGGGCUCCUGCACCAUGAAGCUAAACAGCUCUUCACAACUCAUGCCAAUCACCUGGAGGGAGUUUGCCGACAUCCACCCCUUCGUGCCUCUGGAUCAGGCGGAUGGCUACCAGAAGCUCUUCAGACAGCUGGAGAGGGACCUCUGUGAGGUGACGGGCUAUGACAAAAUCUCCUUCCAGCCAAACAGUGGUGCUCAGGGAGAAUACGCCGGCCUGGCUGCAAUAAAAGCCUACCUGAACUCAAAGGGAGAGCGUGCGAGAAGUGUCUGCCUGAUCCCCAAGUCGGCACACGGCACCAACCCAGCGAGCGCUCAGAUGGCUGGCAUGAAGGUUCAGGUGGUGGAGGUGGACAAAGACGGCAACAUCGACCUGGCACACCUCAAGGCGCUGGUGGAUAAACACAAGGCGAGUCUUGCAGCCAUGAUGAUCACCUACCCUUCCACCUUUGGUGUGUUUGAGGAGCAUAUCAGAGACGUGUGUGAUCUUAUUCAUGAGAACGGCGGCCAGGUGUACUUGGACGGCGCCAACAUGAACGCCCAGGUGGGUCUGUGUCGUCCUGGAGAUUACGGCUCUGACGUGUCUCAUCUCAACCUGCACAAGACCUUCUGCAUCCCUCACGGUGGAGGAGGACCUGGCAUGGGGCCGAUUGGAGUGAAGGCCCACCUUGCUCCCUUCCUGCCGAGCCACCCGGUGGUUCCCAUGUCGGUCAACACCGACAGCUCGUUGGGCACCAUAAGUGCCGCCCCCUGGGGCUCCAGCGCCAUCCUGCCCAUCUCCUGGGCUUACAUCAAGAUGAUGGGAUCCAAAGGUCUGCUUCAUGCAACAGAGAUGGCCAUCCUCAAUGCCAACUACAUGGCCAAGAGGCUGGAAGGUCACUAUAAGGUCCUGUACAGAGGCAGGAAAGGUUUUGUAGCACACGAGUUCAUUCUGGAUGUGAGGCCAUUCAAGAAGACGGCUAACAUUGAGGCUGUUGACGUGGCAAAGAGGCUGCAGGAUUAUGGUUUCCACGCACCUACCAUGUCGUGGCCGGUGGCAGGUACCCUCAUGAUUGAGCCCACGGAGUCAGAGGACAAGGCUGAGAUGGACCGGUUCUGCGACGCCCUGCUUGGUAUCAGACAGGAGAUCGCGGACAUUGAAAAGGGAAGGAUGGACUCUCGCAUCAACCCGCUCAAAAUGGCUCCUCACUCUCUGGCCUGCAUCUCAUCCUCCAACUGGGACAGACCUUACUCCAGGGAGCACGCUGCUUUCCCCUUGCCCUUCAUAAGGCCCGAGACCAAAUUCUGGCCGAGCAUCUCCAGGAUUGAUGACAUCUAUGGCGACCAGCACUUCGUGUGCACCUGCCCGCCCAUGGAGGCCUACGAGUCUCCAUACGAGGAGAAGAGAGCUUCUUCAUAGAUGGCCCCUGGGGUCCAGUCCUAGUGUCCUGCCCAAGCUCUAAAACUUCAGACUUGACGCCUGUUUGGCUCAGUGAAACUGGGCUCAAAACACUACUUCACAAUCAAAUCAGAUUUGCUAGGGCCAUGUAACGCUCCUAUUUCAGAUGUAGUGUAAUAAAAUUCAGUGAAUUUUGCUCACACUUGCGCAUAUAUAUAUAUGUAUGUUUCAUCAACAUAGAUACAAACUAAUUAAUACUGUCAGGCUCUUCAUGGGACAAAAGGCGGUCUUUUCUGCUAUUUUUUUCUUCCAGCUAGUUAGUUAUUUCCCUAUUUUUAAUAUUAGGCCCUAUGAAUUGUGAUUAAUUUUCUUAAGCAGAACCUGCAACAGUGCAAAAAGUGUAUUAGGUUGGCCAAUUUCACAGUGGAACAGCCCUGAGCCCUAGCUGAACCAUUAUGAAUGGGUGUCAAGUCUGUGAGGUGGCCACUGGGACUGGGCUUUGUCCAAUCACACCUUUUUUUUGCAGGGGUCUUGGGGUUUUCCCCCUACUCGAACUCUUCCAAUGGACCAAAGGUGCAACCUUUGCUUUUCCAGGUCGCAAAAUAAGUGCACCCUUCGACACCAAGGCCGCUCUGUAACACACCCCUGAAAUGCUGUACUUAAGUGGAGUACAAUUAAUUUCUAGACUUCCAACAUCUAUAUUUUUAAAAAAAAAUGCCCUUGGUGCCUCAAUUUCUGUUGUGUAAAAUAGCUGCCUCGACUUUUUUUUUUUCCCCAAAUACCUGACAGAACAUGAGGUAGUUUAGGUUUGUUAAUGAGUUUGUUGUAUGAAAAUGUUUAAAUGUGUUGACAUGUGUUGACUAACUAGAUAAGGAUAAUCUUACUGUUAUUUUCUAAUAAACUAUGUAGAAAAAUGUCUGUAAUAAACAUUUGUCUUGAAGUGUGUA